CAAUAUGGCGACUCCCAUGGUGGCCGGUUGGCUUAAAUUUGCCAAGGAAAUCGAAGGGAUUGUGCUAGAUAUAGCUGGUGUGUUGUAUGACAGUGGGGAUGGCGAUGGUGUGCCUAUUCCUGGUUCAAUUGAAGCCGUGAACAGGUUGAAGGCGUCGGGCGUUCCUGUACGCUUCUGCACUAACGCCACCGAGACGACGAGAGUGAAUCUUGUAGCGAAACUGAACAGAAUCGGAUUCAGUCUAGAACCCAACGAAGUGUUCCCUCCUGCGCCAGCCGUCUGCCAGAUACUGAAGGAGCGUGGACUCAGACCUCACCUCCUUGUCGCAGAUGACUGCAAGCCAGACUUAGCUGGUGUUGAACAGCAUGAUCCGACGUGUGUUGUGAUUGGGGAUGCAGCCCACGGCUUCACUUAUGACAGCAUGAAUAAAGCAUUCCAAGCCUUAAUGCAGAUGGAAAAGCCAUUGCUCAUAUCUAUGGGACAAGGGAAAUACUACCUUGAAACUGAUGGUUUAAAACUAGACUGUGGUCCAUUCAUGAAAGCCUUGGAAUAUGCCUGUAGUCUGGAGGCAGAGAUAGUUGGUAAACCAUCAAAAACAUUUUUUGAUGCUGUACUCAAGGACAUUGGCAUUUCUAGUGACAAGGCACUGAUGAUAGGUGACGAUGUAGUCAGUGAUGUGGGUGGCGCCCAGGCAUGUGGAAUGAGAGCAUUGCUGGUCCGCACUGGAAAGUACAGGCCGACAGAUGAGAAGCACCCAACUGUGACACCAGAUGGCGUUGUAGACAACUUGCAACAGGCAGUUGAGUUGUUUCUCUCAUGUAGAGACAAGUAAGCCAGCCGUAAUGUGUUCGUGGAGCAAUAACCUGAAACACGAAGAAGAAAUCUAUCUAAGACGAUAUCUCGAAGAAGACAUCUAAUUCAGCAGGAGACAAGUUUUUCGAUCUUUUAAUAUAGUGCACACUAAGCUUCUACAUGGUGAAAAUUCUUGUGAUAACAUAGCGCUUUUGCUGGAUAUAUCUAGUUUCAUAAAAAUACAAUGAAGUAUGACUAUUGCUCAUGUGAGGAUCAUGUCACCUAGCAAUAUCAAAAUAACUUGAAGCUUUUUCGGAAAGUGCAGAUUAUGAAAGGAGGUGGUAUAUAUUUUCUGAGUUAGACAAACAUCAUUCUGCCAUGUUGGCUCAGUUAUGUAUUUUAGUAACUGCGUGCGUGUGUUGUGUGUGUAAAAAGAUUACAGUGAAGUAGGAUAUGUAUCAGGAGUAGAUAAUAGGGAAUUCCCUAUUAUCUACUUCUGAUAUGUAUCUUGUUGGCUUACCCUUACUAAUGGGAGGUGUUAUUAUUGAAAGCUGUGUGAAUAGUGUUGCUGCCAUUACAUAAUAAAGUUUAUUGCAUCAAUCACAUAUAUGAACGUAA